UUUUGACAUUUAAGACAGUGACCAAUAUUGACAAGUGACAUUCAAUAAUUAAACAAUAACAGAAACAAAGCCCCUUUUUUCAACUAAGUGCAACCUCGGGUGUGCUAAUUAAUCUUUAAUGAUGGCUUCAGAAAAAGACCCGCUAAUAAGUGAACGCUCGGGAUCUGUACGAGAAGUCGGAAACCAUGCUAUUUGGAGUCUCUCAUCAUGCAAACCGGGUUUUGGAAUUGACCAAUUAAGAGAUGAUUGCAUGGACACUUAUUGGCAAUCAGAUGGGCAACUACCGCAUCUUGUAAACAUACAAUUUCAAAGAAAAACUAUGGUGUCCCACAUUUAUAUCUACACGGAUUACAAGUUGGAUGAGAGUUAUACUCCCAGUAGAAUAUCCAUUCGUGCUGGAACACACUUCAAUGAUCUUCAAGAAAUAGAAGUUAUUGAAUUAAUUGAGCCAAGUGGUUGGGAAAUGAUACCUAUAAAAGAUAUUCAUGAUAGACCUAUCAGAACCUACAUGAUUCAAAUUGCGGUACUAAGCAACCAUCAAAAUGGAAGGGACACUCACAUGAGACAGAUCAAAAUCCAUUCUCCGUGUGAACCUACAUCAUUUGAUCUGAAUAAAUUGCACAACUUUUCUACAGUAAAAUUCCAACAAUACUCAACUAUUCGGUAAAAUAAAUUCAAUUAAAUGUGUUUAAAUAUUUAUUAAUAUCAUAA